AUGCGACUAAGUGGUGUCCAAUAUAAGCUACGCCCUGGUCACAUACGGUCUGUGGCGGUCGUCGGAGCAGGACCAUACGGCGCCGGGGUUACGAAGGCGCUCGUGAAGGAGGGGAGCUUCGAUCAAAUCCAUGUGUUCGAGAGGCGGGAACAAUUUGGCGGGCUCUGGAACUACACGAAGCCGUUGCUGAAGCACCAUGGGGUCACCUGCGCCGCAGCAGUACCGUGCGAGAACGCCCGGCUUCAGAUGCGGCCGCAGCUUACGAAGGACGGGCGGCCUGCGUUCCAGACCGCGGCGUACCGCUACCUGGACACCAACGUGCCGCGGGAUCUUAUGCAAUAUCGGAGCAUCAGCUUCCCAGAGGGCACGCCGCUGUUUCCUACCAGAGAACAGGUUCUAGAACACAUACUGCAGUUCUGCCGGCCGAUCAAGAAGUACGUGCAAUUCAACACCGAAGUGACCAAGGUUAGCUACGACGAUGCCAGAGCGAAAUACAGCGUCCUCACGACCAACUUACUCGACAAUACGACCAGGGCGAUAGAGGUCGAUGCAGUAGCGGUGGCUACUGGCUACUACAAUAUGCCCUUCAUACCGGACCGCCCAGGCCUCAAAAGCUGGCACGAAACUUACCCUUGUUCCAUCUCACACUCCAUUGAUUUCGACGCUCCUGAGGACUUCCUAGACGUGAAGGGUGAAAUCAUAGUUGUAGGCAAUAAUGCCUCGGGGUCUGACAUUUCAUAUGAACUGGCACGCUGCCUGAAGCGUCCGAUCUACAAGUCGAAGCGUUCUGAAUCGUUGUUGCCAGGCGGGUCCGAUUCAAACAUUAAGGAUGUUGCUGACAUCAAGAGGCUAGACCCAGCGUCCAAAACAGUGGAAUUGGUCGACGGGCAGGUGAUACAGAACGUAGAAAAGUUGUUGUUUUGCACUGGGUACCUGAAGUCUGUUCCGUUCCUUCCCUCGUCUGCGAAAGAGGGCGAACACGGAAACCGUGUCAUGAGCCAAUUAAUCACAGAGGGUGACAAGGUAACAGACUUGUACAACCAUAUGUUAUCCAUUAGACUUCCCACGCUGGCGUUCCUUGGUUUGCCCCGGUAUGUGCUGCCAAUUCGGCUGAGCGAAACCCAGGGCUCAUGGCUGGCUAGAGUGUGGAGCGGCCGCAUCUCCCUGCCAUCCGAAGAAGUCCAGUGGAAGUACCAUGAAUGGACAUUAGAAAACAACGGUCGUGGCAUCAAGUACCACGACCUGCUUUUCCCCCAUGAUAUACAACACAGUCAAAGAUUAAAUAUGGAAAUUAGGCAUGCGGGCGCCGGAGGUCACUUUGGGGUUGAAUGGACGGGCAAUCACAUAAAGCUGCGUGCGGCACUCAAACCUCUGAAGGAGGCCUACAUCGAGUAUCUGAAGCAGACAAAUAAGCGUGCAGUAUCGGUGGAAGAACUGAUUGAUAAUGGCUAUUUUACUUGGCCGGAGGACGCCACUACUUGCGUGCAGGUCCCCCAUUUUGCCCCAUAG